UGAUUGUUCUCAUUCGGUAUACAUGCGGGCUAUACGGAGUAGUCGUGGCGGAGUGGUUACAUGUAUUUGGCAAGAAUCUACAACCCGCAAAUCGAGAUAUUUACCACCAACCAUUUGACUGCGAUUUUGGCUCUCUGUACUCCGUAGAAAAAUGAGGGUAAUUGAGGGCCAAUCGUUGGCUGUGCACAGGAACUCCCGAAACAACACUCCUGUCGCUCUUUUCAAACGCCAAUAACUACUAGACCAGGAACCCGAGGAAUGGAGUCCCCACACUCACACUCUGCACUCAUAACUCUGCCUUGGUCUUCAUAACCAGUUAGUUGCACUCCGACAUAUAUAUACUUGGGAAAAACUACAGCUGCAUUUUGCCCAAUUUCUUGGAGAGGAAAGGCAACUGGUUUGUCGAACAGAGCACAAACUAGCGAGAUUUGAUUGUGGAGUCCGUAGUUAUAGAUGAUGUAUCUUAAUUGUAUAUUCAACAUGCAACAACCGCCCCACCACGAACUCGCUCAAUUUUUCGAAUAAGAACCCGCCGAUAGAUCCAUCGAACAGCCCUCGAUCAUACGAGCAUUUUGACCCCAACGCCGACCGCAUACCCCGUCUGGUGGUGGAGUUAUUCAACCAAACGUGGUUCGAAGCCCCCGCGUGGGAUAUUCCCCCGUCCACCCCUACCACACCACAACCCCGGGUCAAAUUGCCAUACAAAUUGUAAGGUGAAGAGACCUAGCCCUAUGCACCAAUCUUCUUGAUUUUGGAAGAUCCCCAACCUGUAUUUGAUGUUCCGAAACAUCAACACCAAGUCCCACCCACCUUCUUUUCUGUAGCGACAUCCUCGAAGCAAUUGAGUAUCGUAUUUCCCUUAGAUCUCUUCCAUCCUAUCUUCCUCAGAUAAUCAGAUAGAUAAUUGGAGUUGGAGAGAGAAAAGAUUAAUUCACUACGAAUCACGUGACCACUAACAUACUCUCCCCGCAGUUUUUAUAUUGUUGCUUUUUCGUCUCCCCGUUGUGCCUCCGCCGCCGCGCUCUUCGCCUCUCCCACAGGACAAAAAAAAGAUGGCGAAAGAAUUAUCUCCCCAAGAGAAGGUCGAUUUGAUCUACCACAAUCUUCAAGAAGUAUUGAAGCCAGAGCUUAUUGAAGAUGUCAUCCUGCGACAGAACCGCCCAUUAAAGGUGUAUUUCGGCACCGCAACAACCGGCCGCCCACACUGCGGCUACUUCUGCCCCAUCGUAAAACUCGCCCACUUCCUCCGUGCAGGCUGCCAUGUCAAAAUCCUCCUCGCAGACAUCCACGGGUUCCUCGACAACCUCAAAGCGCCCAUCGACCUCGUCAACUUCCGCGCCAAAUACUACCGCUACGUCAUCACCGCCCUCCUCGAAGCCAUCCACGUCCCCAUCGACAAACUGGAGUUCGUCCUCGGCAGCGACUUCCAGCUCUCCCCCAAAUACACCAUGGACCUGUUCCGCCUUAGCAGCGUCGUGACCGAGCACGAUGCCAAGAAGGCCGGCGCGGAGGUCGUGAAGCAGGUUGACAACGCGCCGUUGUCCGGUCUGAUCUACCCGCUCAUGCAGGCGCUGGAUGAGGAGCACCUGGACGUCGACGCGCAGUUUGGCGGGGUCGAUCAGCGGAAGAUCUUCACGCUGGCGCUGGAGACGUUGCCGCGGAUUGGCUACAAGGAGCGCGCGCACCUAAUGAGCCCCAUGGUGCCUGGGCUGGCGGGCGGGAAGAUGUCGGCGUCGGAUCCGGAUUCUAAGAUUGACAUUCUGGACACGCCGGAGACGGUGAAGAAGAAGUUGAGGAAGGCGUUUGCGAUGCCGAGGGAGACGGAGGGGAAUGGGAUUAUUAGUUUUGUGGAGCAUGUGUUGUUCCCUGUUAGUGCGCUGGAGAGCGCGGAUGGGAAGGGGACCUUUGUGGUCGAGAGGACGGAGGAGGAGGGCGGUCAGGUUGUUUACGGGGAUAUUGAGGAGGUGAAGAAGGAUUAUCGCGCGGAUAGGUUAACCCCCCAACUCCUCAAAGCCGCCGUAACAACCGCGCUCAACAAACUCCUCGCACCCGUCCAGGCCGCCUUCCAAGCUAACCCGGACUGGCAAGAGGUCGAGAAGAAGGCAUAUCCACCCCCACCGGAGCCGGAAAAGAAAAAGAAGAAACCCAAGGAUAAGGGAAGCAGAUACCCCGGCGGCGGCGCUGCUGCGCCAAAACAGGAUGUUGAUGGUGUCGAGGAGAAGCUGGAGAAGUUGGCGGUUUAAAUAACAGUGGGUGUGUGAUUUAAAAAAGGGGGGGGGGGGGGCGGGGGAGAGCUUUCGAAGAAGAUAGAUAGCCGCUAAGUGGCUAGGCGUGUGGAGGAGGCGUUGGCGUGGAGUCUCUCUCUCUCUCUUUCUCCUCCCUUAUCCAUGAUUGUUAUUUGGGGGUGAAAAGGUGGAGAGAGUGUUUUCCCGGAAGACGGGGCUUUUUUGUUUUUUUUUUUUUUUUUUGUUUAAUUUUUCCAUUUGUCUUUUCAUUUUGAUCCUACACGACUGCACGACUUCAGAAUAUUAAAAAUAUAGAGAGUAACUAUUUCUUGUAUGUGAAAGAGGGCGAGCGGCGGGUAGUAUUCACACUAAAGAAAAUAGCAUAAUAAAGCACUGUAGACAACUUUUUGCUUAAC